UACGCAUACGCGCCGGUAAACAUGGCGGUUCUAGUUGAGAGCGAUAUCGGCUGGUUUGUGUCACACGCUAAACUCGUGCGCGACUGGUAUCGUAAUUGUCGGCGGUGUAAUGGACACAUAACUGCUUUAGAGCUUCGAAACGCUUUCUUCGACAUUGCAGUACCAUUCCAGAUGGAUUCCGCAGCGCAGAAGCAUGCGUCGUUGUUGGACGAUGCAACGCGACUCCACCGUGAGGGACAACCAAUACGCAAACCACGGCGCAAGAAACGGCAACACGCUGCGUGCGCCAUUGUCAGCUUCUUGCAGAACCCUACACGGAUUGCUGCAGCCACAGAGAAGAUCGUAGAAGAAGCCCGCAAGCUGGGGCAUUUCUUCGAAGCGGAUGCAACAUCAGAAGAAAUCCGCCAUAACAAUAAGACUGCAAGAAUCGCAGCUAGUCAAGCAUUGGACGUGCGGAUACCACCAGCUGACACCUUAUCCCGGGGAGACAACGAUGUAGCAAUAGUUGUCAGCCAUUGUGAACACCAGUAUGCCAUUCCUGUGGGAGCUUGUCCUCGAGCUGGGGACGUACAGCAGGCGUUGUCUCAAGAACGAGGUCCAUUCGACCUAAUCGUCGCGGAUCCACCCUGGGACAACCGGUCUGUCCGCCGCAAGAACAGCUACGUCUGUCUGGGACGACGCCGGUACGAAGAACUGCUGCUCCAGCUUCCCGUAGCGCGGCUGGGAGUCAACGGGGGUCCGCCGGGUCUCGUGGUGGUCUGGUGUACCCACAACGCGUCGCAGCUCGAGUUCGUGGUGAAGCAGUUGCUGCCAGCAUGGGGUACACCAUUCCUGGGUGUCUGGUACUGGGUCAAGGUGACACGUCGUGGUGUACCAGUACGGCCUAUCGGUGGUGUCCACAAACAGCCCGUCGAGUACCUGGUGUUUGGUGGGACUGCGGCGGACUUUCCAGAUCAUCGCAUCGUUGUUUCCGUGCCUUCCAGCAUACAUUCGCACAAGUUUCCGUUGACAGAGCUUUUAAAGCCCUGGAUUGGAGAAAAGCCACGUUGCUUAGAACUGUUUGCCCGCUACUUGGUGCCCCAUUGGACAAGCAUCGGAGACGAGGUGCUGAAGUUGCAGAGACUAGAGCUGUACGAGGAAGUCGACGAUCCCACCGUACAAGACUGUCAAGCCCCAAAGGAAUGAGCAGCCAUAGGAAUGUGCAAUUUGCAAGAAAGUUGACGGGCCUGCAUGGAAACGCUAUAAAUGUACCUAAUAGAUGGAUUUGUUUUGAGAA